AUGGAGAGGCUUGAGGCAGCGAUUUCUGAUCUUGCCAAUCUGGACAGUGUGCAGGUCGAUGAGCCGGGGGACGACAGUGGGUACACAACUCCUACACCCUUAUGGGUAUACCAUCUGGAAAGAGCAGAAAUGUCAACUGCAGCGGAACAGAAGGAGAAGUUCUUCACUGUGUCCUACAGGUGGGGCACCAUGAGCGAAAGCCACUUGAAGGCAUUUUGUCAGGCGGCUGGGAAGACUCUCGGGGGAAUGACCGGAUGGGUGGACCAAUUGUGCAUCAACCAGAAAUGUGCAGAGGAGAAAGGUCAAGAGAUCAAAAGGAUGACGAAUUAUUAUGCCUCAGCAUCAUUAAAUCCCGUCUUACUUCAAGGAGUUGAGGGGGCUCCGCGACUUAGAUGCCUAUACCAAGAGAUAGGGCCCAGGACUGCUAGCUUGUUAAGUGAGGCCGAGAAGCGGGAGGUGGGUGGGCUGGUGACGAUGGUUGGCAAAGAUGACUACUUCACCAGAGUCUGGACCUUCCAGGAACAGAAGCUCGGACGAGAGAGCCUGUUCAUGAUGGCAGAUGGCAUGGUACCUGGGAUGGAACUGGUAUGGAACUGGUCACGUUGA